CAGAACGUCAAGGGGUUGGCGUGUUCCAAAGCUCGGCUCGAGCCGCUUGACAUCUCUUCUCAUCAUAUCCGGAUCCAAACAAAUCUAAAAACCCAAUGCCUGCUACUCGCAAAGCCUCUUCGUCGACCGGCAAGUCGAGACACGAUCCACUGCUCGUGCAGCUCGGCGACGACGAGAUCGAAGCACGUUAUGGGCGAGUCAGUCAACCGGGAAAACGCAAAAAGAAAAAUGCUCGGGAUGAGGAUGAUUCCGAGGUUAUCUUGGACCCUAAAACCUCGAAGCGCAUCUUCGAGCUAGCCAAGGAUCAGCAGGAUGAGCUCGAACUACUCGAUGAGCAGCUGGAGGAUGAAGAACCACGAGUAUCUGCUUUUGCGAAGCCCCGAAUGGCCAAGGACUCGGAUGAAGAGUCGGACCUCGAUGAAAAUAUGGACGAGGAGGAUGUGGAGGAGAUCUUCGACAUUGACGAGGAGGACCUGCAAACCCUCGAUGCUUUACAUCCCCAUAACGCUGGUGAACGCAGGACCUUGGCCGACAUCAUCUUUGCCAAACUUGAGAGCGGCGAAACCGAUAACGCUGCUGUGAUUAAAAAGGUUUCCCAAGAUCGAGACCGACCAGAUCCCACUCUAGGACUUGACCCCAAAGUCGUCGAGUCGUACGAAAAGUAUGUGUCCGUCUGCUCGUUCGCAACUUUCACGCAAGCCGUAUCUAGACUCGGGAUGUUCUUGCACAAAUACAAGUCCGGCCCACUUCCGAAAAUCUUCAAGGUCAUCCCUUCGCUCCCUGCCUGGGCACGGUUGCUUGCGAUCACUGAGCCUGAAAACUGGUCGCCGCAUGCUUGCCUGGCUGCUACCCGGAUCUUCAUCUCUAGCAUGAAGCCACCGCAAGCGCAGCUGUUCUUGAGUGUCGUCUUGCUGGACGCGAUUAGAGAGGACAUCCGCCAAAACAAGAAGCUUAAUGUGCAUUACUUCGAUGCCCUUCGACGAGCCAUGUACAAGCCUGGCGCGUUUUUCAAGGGUCUUAUAUUCCCCAUGCUUGACCAAGGCUGUUCUCUCAAAGAAGCUGCUAUUAUCGCUUCUGUGCUUGCACGAACGAAAAUACCCGUGCUCCAUGCUUCAGCUGCCUUGAUUCGGAUAGCCGAGAUGGAUUACUCCGGACCCAAUUCUCUGUUCAUUCGUGUGCUCAUCGAUAAAAAGUUCGAACUGCCGUACAAAGUGGUCGACGCGCUGGUGUUCCACUUUAUACGGCUCUCCAAUACAUACAAAGCCAAGACACGGGCUGAUUCGGACAAACUUCCGGUCUUAUGGCACCAGAGCUUGCUUGUAUUUGCUCAAAGGUAUGGCUCAGAUCUGACCCCAGACCAGAAGGACGCCUUAUUGGAUGUCGUGCGCGCCACACCCCACGCUCAGAUUGGCCCUGAAAUCCGGCGCGAGCUUGCGAACUCCGUGCCACGCGGUGCCCCCAGGGGAGAGGAUGGAGAUGUUGAGAUGUCGUAAGACAUUAUGCGCCGUUCAGGAGGAUACUAGUUACUACGGUGCACCUCGAUCACCAUUAGUCGAUCCCAAAGCUCUUGUCUCGUUGACAGGUCGUGUCCCCCGGCAUUUCAGCUCACUGUCAGAAUGAGAGAGCUAACUCUGCGUUCAGGGUAGCAGUCACUGUAAGUCGUAUGCUAGCACGGCUCGGUGGACGCGUCUGCCCUUCAGUGCCACCUGUCAAGUCGGGUUGGGCCUGAUUGGGUUACUCGGCCAGCGUGGCUGGUCGCUGUCGCGACUAAGCUAAUAUGUUGACAAGAACUGGAUUAAGAAUGGCGACAUUUCCUCCUUAUGUUAGUCCGUCCAGAGCAGCUAGCACGCAGCGGCAGAUGAGGCAUAGGGCGACAUGACAAAUUGUGAUUAUAUUAUAUUACCACCUACUGUAAAUGUACUGUGGCGCAGGGCUGAUCACGUAUUGUCAAUGACCAAAAUGUGUGCGGACGAACAACGUCCACAAUCAUACCCGGUCAGACCCUUGUUGACCCAAAGAACGGUAGCCAGGAUCCGGCCUCAACUGCCUCCGUGAUUCGAGAGCAGCUUGCUGUCGAGAUCCACCACGCGCAAAGGACGACGAGCUGAUUGAGAUUCGCAGGAACUGUGCAUCUUGCUUCACAUCGCACUGGAUGCUGUGUAAGGCCAAGUCUAUAGAAAUAGCACGAAGUAGCCUCGGCCGCCCGAGCAAACGCAAGACCCUGACUGGACCCUAACCGAAAGAAACGAUGUUCUGAACCACGAGACGGCUCAGUCACUCUUGGCUUCUCGACGUUAGUCUACGCGAAUCGUACGAAGUAGAUUUAAUUGAACAGCUUUUUU